GCUGCAGACCUGACAUGAAGACAGGUCUAAUGCAGCAGAUCUGUCCUCAGGACAGGUCAGCUUGACCAGACCAGACCUGAGGACAAGUCUAAAGAAGCAGACCUGUCCUCAUAACAGGUCAUCUUGAUCAGACCAGACCUGUGAAGAAGUCAGAUUGACCAGACCUGUGAACAAGUCAGAUUGUCGAGACCUGUGGACAGAACAGCUUGACCAGGCCAGACCUGUGAAAAUGUAUGCUGUUAACUGUCCUGUUGACAAGUCUGCUUUUGGACAGACAAGUCAUGUCAGUCAUGGGGACAGGUCUGCUUUUUCAUAAGUCUGAUGGAUAUAUAAUUUUUUUAACAAAUUUGUUAAUACAUGCAUGUGUUGAUACGCAAAUGAUAUACAUGAAUCAAAGCGGUCCUGUUUACUAGUUAACUUUCGAUCAUUUUAAAUUUAUCUUGGAACAGACCAGACUAAAAUUAAUUUGCAAAGAAUAGAUCUGGUUCGGACAUAGCAGGUCAAGAUCAAUGACUGCUUUUAAAAGCACAGCUGGUCAAAAGUGAACUUGUUGUGUAGAACUGGUUGUGGCAGGGUUAACUUCGCUCAGAGUUAACUUCAAUAUUGGACCUCUCAUAAAGUUAACUUUCGGGCAUUCAUAAAAACAGUCCUAAGACCAAGUUAUCAUAUCUACUGUCCUAGGAGUGGUCAGGGCAGUCAUUAAGCCUGUCUCAAAUUUACUUUCAACUGCCGUAAAGUCUGGUCAUCAAGUUAACUAGCUGUACAGGUUAGGACUGCACCCAUCUGCACGUGGUUGUUUUUCUCUUUUUUUAUUCUUUUUUUUUAUUCUUUUUUUUUAUUCUUUUUUUGUUUGAACCACAGUGAAUUUAUAAUGCAAGGGUGGCAGAUUAAAUGUUUAGAGAAAAGAUUAAGCAGUGUAAACAAUGUUGAUAUACAAAAAAAUUAGUUUUUCUCAACAAACGUUCUCACAAUUUAGCUAAUAUUCAACUGACAAUGGAGGCAGUACCAUCUGACAAGGAGUGUUGGUAUUAUAUGAAACUUGUCACUUUCAUCCUUGGAAUUGGAAUGGAGGUUCUACAUACUUAUUUUGAGCGGAAUAUUUUGAAUGCAAAAGAACAUUUGGCAUUUUAUAUGUUCUUAGAUGACAAUAAACCUUUUUUGUUUCAUGAAUGCUAUCCUAGAGUACAGUGCUGUAAGUGUUCUCAACAUUGUCUUGUUCCGCCUUCUCGAAAAGGAUGUUUAAAUAAAAAACAGUUUAUGUCAUUGUUUGAUAUUGACCCUCUAAUUGAAAUGGACCAUUAUCAAACAGGAAGACAUAAUGAGAUUACCAAAGAGUGUUUGUGUAGAAUCAUCGCAAAACGACUGUAUGGAUAUAACUCUUAUAUACGCGAUUUUGCAAUCAUGCUGUUUCAAAAAUAGUACAGUCAUACACGGAAACCCAAGAUGUAUUGAAGUUAUCAAAGAAACGAGAAACUUUUUGGCACAUGUACCUAAUGCACGUAUUUCUAAAUCUGAGUUUGACAGCAAGUGGUCUGAGAAUGAGCAAGCUAUUUUAGAAAUAGAUAGUUCAUUGGGAAAUUAUUUUGCAAAAGUGAACAAAAGGAAAGUCGAUGAAUUCAAAAAUAGUGAAUUAUCAAUUGAUACAAUCAAAGGAAUCAUCGAGAACAAUGUUGAUGAAGUUAAAAAGAAUCUUCACGCCCUUAUUGAAGACCAGAGGAAAAGCACAUUGCUAGUAAAGGAUGAGAUCAUUGCACACCUCACAAAAUAUAAAGAUGAACUCUACGUUGAUAUCAGGAAUCUAAGAUUUGAAGUAAAGCAAUAUACUUUAGCUUCUAGUUCUACAAAGGAGACAUUCGACACAGAAGUAAUCUGCAGUUCGUGCUUCCCGGUUUGUUUCGCCGUAUUUACCUGGAUUGCUCAGGUGGGUCAAUGAUCGAUUUUUCACUCACCAGAUAGAUGUACAAUGGGCGUAAUUAACAAAAUCACAUUUACAAGUUUAUUAUUGUUCAAACAAAUUAGAAACAUGGUUCUCGCCAUUAGUGACUCAGAAUAUAAACUAAUUAUCAAGUAUUUGACUGCAAUAAUCAUAUUCUCCAGUAACCAAAAUGAAUGCUGCUGUUAGCUGUUCUAAAGUAUAUGUGACGGAAACGGAUAAAAGUAAGUUAUAAGAAUUCAAAUAGGAGGUUGGAAGAGGACAUUCUUAUAUUAUCAUGUUUACAUUUUCAGGUUUCAUCUUGCUUGAAUAUAUGAUAGGAGAUCAAACGUUGGAAUCGCAUUAAUAAAUGCUUUAAUAAGUGCACAACCAAAUUCACAUAAUUUCAAAAUCACUUCAUUUGGAACAAAAUAACUAAAAUCCUAUCCUUUAACUGUGUAAUAUUUUAACAUUAUUUUGAGAAUGCUAUCACUAGAAAGUGAAUUCAAUAUAUGCAAGGAAUAACGUCAGUUUUCAGCAAAAGAGAAAAACCCACGGGUUUUAUCUUUGUAAAGCUUUAAUCACCUUGACUCUAGAAAGUACGACUUGCUAAAUAUAAACUUUAUAGUUUUAACAUUUUAACUGUUUAGUUCGGGCACCACUAGUGUGUCCUUUGUAGACGAAACGCAUGUCUUGUGUAAACUUAUAAGCCAGGUAUCUUUGAUCAGUUAUUUGAAUAACGAACAAGUAUCAAAUUUCAGAAAUGUAAAUUUAUAGUGGGGGUUUUCCUGCACUUUUCCAGUCAUUAAGACAUUUAUUUAACGAUAUUUGACAUCUUGUAUAUGAUUUUUAUGUGUUGUUAACUUCCAAUCUCAAACUCUGGUUUUAUGAUAAAUGCAUUUGAUUUCAAUUUACCAUGAUGUCUGAACCCCACACUUUUAGUGACUAUUUUCAAAUUAUUUUGAUGUAAACUGUGUCUGAUCAUUUUUAUUUCGUUUCUGAAUAUAUUGUAUUGGGAAAUUUAUAGCUAGUUUUACAUUGAAAUGUAAAAUGGGAUUUGAACUAGCCGACAAACAUGUGAAAAGAAGAAACCGGGUUCUUUGACAGAGUAAGCUACUUCUCGUUCACAUGUUUAACCAGUAAAACAAUUGUAAAAUCACUUCAAGUUAUACGUGUCAAAAUAAUAUACAAGCCAAUUUAACAAUAUUGUCCAGUCAAAUCUGCAGCCUGACAAAAGUUCAUCACAGUCAAUCAAAUGUUGAUAUCGACCUAUAGAACCUAGUAAAAAUUCAGUCUUAUUCUUUUAACCCUUCUGCAGAAAUUUAUCAUUCGCAAACCAUUAUGGGCACAUAGCCAAAUCGAGCUUGGUCUGUUUCAUCUAGUUCUUCCAAUGUAGACAUUGCACACAUUUAAAUAUGUUAAACACUCAAACUUUUAUUUUGUAACCUACAUGGAUAGUUUAGAUGAAAAAUAUAAAGAUUCACUUUAAGUGGGUGAUACUGACGAAUAUAAUUCAUUUUACAGAAAUUAAAAGUAUACUUCAUGCAUUUGUGGGAACUUGUACAUUGGAUAUUAGAAUUUUUUUUAUAUGAUAUUUGCAAAAACUAUAGGAGCUGAACUAUAUACAGUGAUAUGUGUAGCUUAUUAAUGUUUAAACCGUCUUCUGCAGAUGUGAGGAAGUGUCGUGUCGCAUGGAGACUCGAAACACCAAGCACAUGGAAUUUAACAGAAAUAAAAGACACUUUAGAGAAAUUUUCUGCACUGUUAAGACAAUGGUUUGAAAUAGAAUUCGUUUAUGUUGGGUCCUUGGUUAUAAAAACAUUAAUGCAAAAAAAGGUUUUAGAGAAUCGAGAUGAAAUGCGAACAUCAGUACAUUUAUUUUUGAAAAAGAUUGUUGAAGUUUGUAGAAUCAAUUCAGAUGUACAUACUGUCAUCAAAGUAGCUUUGAUUAUAGAGCCUGAUGAAUUGGAUUAAGAAGAGACAGAAGAGCAAUCAUCGAAAAUAGAAUUGAAUAAGAAAGACAAAACAAUAUGCAUAUUCUGCAAGAAAAGCUUUGAUUGUCAGAACUGUCGACAGAAGGAUGAGAUUAUUUCAAAUCUUAAGGAGGAAAUAUCAGGCAAGCAUUUUGAUUUCUAUGUAUGUAGCAAUUGUGUUUUCUUACACGCAUCAAUGUAGUUGCAUAUAUAUAAGGCUCUAAGGUGCGAUAGGGACGCGUAAACGCGAUGGUCACGCUAAAGUACAAUGGUCUAAGCGGAAUUGCCAUGGUUUGGUACACUGAAAUGCAAUGCUGUGUGCAAUUCAAUAAUCGACUAGUGUAAAACAAUGCAAACAAGAAAACAAAUAUCAAAAACAAAAACAAACGACUACCACUGAAUUUCAUGUUCCUGGCUUGAAACAGUUUCAUAAAGUAUAUAUUAGCUUCUUCAAUGUACCCAUUAAACUUUUUUUAAACAAAUAUCGCACUUUAAAUAAAAAUAAAAAAAUGUGGUAUAAUUUUCAAUGAGACAACUAUCCAACCAAGAUCAAAUGUCGUUGAUGUAUUCAAAAAGUAAUCGUACGUCCUUCAAUGUCGAGCCUUUGCCCACGCCGCACAGCAAGCUAUAUAGGGCCACGCAAUGACCAGUGCAAAACAAUUCAAAGGAGAAAGACAACGGCAAGAAUUAUAACAAGACAAUAAACGAAAAACUAAUAGAAACAAAGCAAAAUACAAAAGCCAUUGCCGGAACCCCAUUCCCGUGACAUCAUCGGGAUUAAGUGUGCUAUACCAUCGCCCUUUAGCGUGUUACAUCAUCGUUCUUUAGCGUGUCAUACCAUCGCACUUUAGCGUGUCAUGUAAUCGCACUUAAAAUUAAAAAAAACAAUAUCUGCACUUUAUCGUUUGACACAAUCGCACUAUAGCGUAGACCAUCGCAUUUUAGCGAAAUAUGUCUAUUUCAGUACAAACUACAAGUGUCGUAAUCAAAUUAUCUAAUGUAGCAACAAGUUAGGUUUUAACGAAAAUGAAAAGAAUAUUUUAAUGUUAAAAUUCUAUUCCGGUAAUGAACUGAACCUUUGCAAUAUCUUACAAAUUUAUCUUUUCUAUUUAGUUAGGAGCUAGUGAUUUAACUGCGUUUAAACGCGCUACCACUGAAGUAUUUUUACCUUAACUAUAGUUGCCAGGGAAAGCACAUUUUUAAUUUAUGCUAUGUUAUGUUCCAAAUCGUAUUGCCCCAAGAAAAUAGAAAAGAAUCAUCAUCAAUGUUUUUGGAAUCGAUUGUGUCUGAAAGAACACCUACAAUAAUAAGUCUCCGGCAGUACCAGAAAGAACUUGCCGAGAUAGCUUUAACUGGUCAAAAUACUAUUAUAUGCGCUGGUACAAAUUCGGGAAAGACUUAUAUAGCCUUCCACAUCAUAGAAGAUCAUCUAAUAAAACAUCCUGAGGGCAAGGUUGCAUUUAUUAACAGAACCAAUAUUCUCUUGGGACAACAAUACGAAAGAGCAUGUGGCGUGUUUUCAACUCUGUUCUAUCAGAGAAAGAUAAAAAUAUGGAAAGCAGAAGAAGAUGACAACGAUUUUUUCAUUCAUAAAAUCAAGAAUUCAAGCUUGAUGUUUUUGACUCCUCAAUCACUCAGCAAUCAUCUAACAGAGAAAGCAGCACCACACAUGUCAAUAGCGGAGUUCACAUUGAUCAUACUCGAUGAAUGUCAUCACACAUGUGAUAACAGUAACUAUAACGAACUGAUGGCAUAUUAUAGAAAGGCUAAAUAUGGAGAAAAGCUUUCAACUUUACCUCAGAUUUUGGGUUUAACAGCAUCAUCAGGCACAAAGAAGGCAAAAGAUUUAAACUCUGCAAAACAUCAUUUGCGUACUGUGAUGACAAAUUUAGCCGUUUCAAAAUUGUCCAUUGUAAAACUAAAUGAAGAAGAACUCCUUCAGUACACCACUAUUCCUGAAAAAGUAUUUAUAAGGUCAUACCCACGCCAAGACGAUCCGUUGAAAAACAUUGUCAUAACUGCAAUGGACUAUGUGGAAAGUAUGUUCAAUUGUCGAAAAGUCUCAAGCUUUCUUAUCGAUGAUAUCAAUGAUUGUAGAGACUUGUAUGAUGCAUUAAAAAAUCCACCAAAACAAAGGACCGAAAUCCGUUACAUCCAAUGGAUUGCAGAGACCAAAGAUAAAGUUGAGCAUGUAUUACACAAAGACCCGAAAAUACCACGGCUACUUCAUGCAUGUUUCAGACAUUUAGAUCUUUACACUGAAUGUUUAGAAGUGAAUUCAUUGCUGGAGGUUGAUCAAGUUUGUAAUGUUAUUACGCAGAUGAGUCCGCUGCAGGUCAAAAUGCAAAAACGGUCGAAGAGACUGAAAUUGUCAAUAAAUUAAAAGAAGUGUUUGUUGAUAUUCGGGAGAUAGAAAGAAAAAUUGAAAAAAAUCCUAAUGUUAAAGCAGUUAUUGAAUUACUAGAUAGUGAAUAUCAAAAAUGCAAAGAAGACUCCAGAUUCUUAAUAUUUGUUAAAACUAAAGCAACAGCAAGG